CACAGAGCCGAGUGAAGUUGAGUGAGUCACUCGCGCGCACGGACAGACGACACCCCGCGCGCGCACCCGCUCGGGCCAGGAGCCGGCCUCCUGCGCAGCUCCCCUCGGCCGCCGGGGGCCUCCGCCGGCUGUAGGCCCCCCUCCUCUGGGCCAGCCGGCGCCACAUCUGGACGGCACAUCUGCCCGGCCCUCCAGGCGCGGGGUUCCCAUAGGGCGCGGCGUGGACGCGCAGCCGAGGGCUCUGGGGAGGCGCCGUCCGCUGCGCUCCGGGCUCGGUCUAUGACGAGCGGCGGGGUCUGCCAUGGGUCGGGGGCUGCUCAGGGGCCUGUGGCCGCUGCACUUCGUCCUGUGGACACGCAUCGCCUGCACGAUCCCACCGCACGUUCAGAAGUCGGAUGUGGAAUUGGAGGCCCAGAAAGAUGAAGCCACCUACCCAAGCUGUAAUGGGACCAUUCAUCCACUGAGACAUUUUAAUAAUGACAUGAUGGUCACCGACAACAAUGGUGCUGUCAAGUUUCCGCAACUCUGCAAGUUUUGUGACGUGAGGUCUUCCACCUGCGACAAUCAGAGGUCCUGCAUGAGCAACUGCAGCAUCACAUCCAUCUGCGAGAAGCCGCACGAAGUCUGUGUGGCCGUCUGGAGGAAGAAUGAUGAAAACAUAACGCUGGAGACUGUGUGUCAUGACCCCAAGCUCGCCUAUCAUGGAUUCAUGCUGGAAGAUUCGGCCUCUCCAAAGUGUAUCAUGAAGGAGAAGAAGGUGUUUGGCGAGACUUUCUUCAUGUGUUCCUGUAAUACUGAUGAAUGCAAUGACCACAUCAUCUUCUCAGAGGAAUAUACCACCAGCAGUCCUGACCUGUUGCUAGUGAUAUUCCAAGUGACAGGUGUCAGCCUUCUGCCACCCCUGGUAAUCGCCAUAGCCGUCAUCAUCAUCUUCUACUGCUACCGUGUCCACCGGCAACAGAAGCUGAGCCCCUCCUGGGAAACCAGCAAGCCGCGGAAGCUCAUGGAGUUUAGCGAGCACUGCGCCAUCAUUCUGGAAGAUGACCGCUCUGACAUCAGCUCCACGUGUGCCAACAACAUCAACCACAACACGGAGCUGCUGCCCAUUGAGCUGGACACCCUGGUGGGUAAAGGUCGCUUCGCCGAGGUCUAUAAGGCCAAACUGAGGCAGAAUACGUCUGAGCAGUUUGAGACUGUGGCUGUCAAGAUCUUUCCCUAUGAGGAGUAUGCCUCCUGGAAGACAGAGAAGGACAUCUUCUCAGAUAUCAACCUGAAGCAUGAGAAUAUCCUGCAGUUCCUGACAGCCGAGGAGCGCAAGACCGAGCUAGGGAAGCAGUACUGGCUCAUCACCGCCUUCCAUGCCAAAGGCAACUUGCAGGAAUACCUCACUCGGCAUGUCAUCAGCUGGGAGGAUCUGCGCAAGCUGGGUAGCUCGCUGGCCCGGGGCAUUGCCCACCUCCACAGUGACCACACCCCCUGUGGGAGGCCCAAGAUGCCCAUUGUCCAUCGGGACCUUAAGAGCUCCAAUAUCCUGGUGAAGAACGACCUGACCUGCUGCCUCUGUGACUUUGGGCUCUCCCUCCGCCUCGAUCCUACCUUGUCUGUGGAUGACCUGGCUAACAGUGGGCAGGUGGGGACUGCAAGAUACAUGGCUCCCGAAGUGCUAGAAUCCAGGAUGAACCUGGAAAAUGUGGAGUCCUUCAAACAGACUGAUGUCUACUCCAUGGCGCUGGUGCUCUGGGAAAUGACGUCUCGCUGCAAUGCCGUUGGGGAGGUCAAAGACUACGAGCCUCCAUUUGGUUCCAAGGUGCGGGAGCACCCCUGUGUGGAGAGCAUGAAGGACAACGUGUUGAGAGAUCGAGGCCGACCAGAAAUUCCCAGCUUCUGGCUCAACCACCAGGGCAUACAGAUGGUGUGUGAGACGCUGACCGAGUGCUGGGACCAUGACCCAGAGGCCCGUCUCACAGCUCAGUGUGUGGCUGAACGCUUCAGCGAGUUGGAGUACCUGGACAGACUCUCUGGAAGGAGCUGCUCUGAGGAGAAGAUUCCCGAAGAUGGCUCGUUGAACACUACCAAAUAGCUCCACUGGCAACAGACUGGGCCACAUCCAAAGAGGCCACUGCUCUCACCGAAGAACAGAAGCAGCAAGAAGCUGCUCCAGAAUGGAUCAAGGCUUCCUGGAAAAUCAAGGGGAUCACUCCCCUCCCUGCCAGCUGGGGCGGAUGAGCAGAAAGUACAGUGGCAGGGAGCAGAUGACGUAAAGCAUUCUAUACCUUUGGCACCGUCAUAGGAUAAGCUGUGUUAGCACUUCCUCAGGAAAUAAGAUUGAUCUUAUUAUUUUUUUUACAAUAGCCAAUAACAUUUGCACUUUAUUAAUGCCUGUACAUAAAUAUGGAAUAGCUAUGUUUUAUAUAUAUCUAUAUAUGUCUAUAUCUAUAUAUCUAUAUAUAUAUAUCUAUAUAUAUAUAUAUAUAGCCAUACUCUGAAAAGAGAAAGAUCGAAGAUUCCCAGGAAACUGGUGGGGGUUUUUUUUGUUUGUUUUUUGUUUAAUUUUGUUUUGUUUUGAGAGCUCCAGAUUGAGCGAGGAAGAAAGGGAUGUGACAGCAUCAGCACUUGACAAUCAUUCAUGUAGGGCUCCCCCGCCUAUGAAGUGGGGGUCCUCGUGUGGGGGGACAUGCUGUGUCUCUUGGACACACUUCGGCCCACAUUACACUUGCUGUUGCCAUCAUGAAUGCCCCUGGCAUGGGGGUUCUCUUUCAUCCCUGGAGCUAAGUACAGUCGCACUGUUUAGGGAAUGUGUUGCGGGGGUUCCUGUGUGCCAUUGUUUCUCCCGGAGUUUGCAUUUGAGCUCCAAGCCCCACUCCCAUAGGAUUUGUGGAGCUCUGCUCCCAUCUCUAUACAUUUUAAUGGUUUGAUCUCCACACUUGUUGCCCCAAUGGUCACCUUCAUAGAGUACAGAACAAUCAGGGCAAGAUUCCUCAGCCAUGAACUUGCCACUGCAUCUACUAAGAAGAGUGUUCAUUGUGUAGAUUCCCUCUCUGCCUGUUCCUAGUCCCUGCUCUCAGGUUGCUGCCUUCCAUGAGAAGGAGCAGCCUCCCCACCAGCACCAACCCCCAAGCCAGCAACUUGCUGUGUCUAGUUUUUCACCACCCCUCCCUUGGCUUGAGUCUCCAGCUUUCUAUCCUAGGAGCCGCGGAUCCCAUCUUCCUGAGCUCUCGAAUGCUCCUACAGGUUUUGGCUCAGUGGAAAGGAUUCUAGUAACACAAUCCUACCACUGUGAGGACUGUGUCCUCGGGUAAGCUGAACAUAGGUUUGGCUCAGCCAGCUAAAAAAAAAAAAAAAAAAGGUUGAGCCACUUUUGAAAUGUUUGUAGCGUCUUGCAGUUGAGCCUGGAUCCCAGGUAAGGGUAGCUAAUGGUUUCCAGGGCUCUGCAGUACACAUUGUUCAUGAAAUGAAGUUUUGGACACAUUGAAAAAAAGCUGCUUCUCUUCUUGCUCUAAGCAUCUAUCCCCUAGACUAGGUCUUUGACCUUGUCUCUCACCAAAGACUCUUGUGAGAAAUGUACACUUAAACAGUUAUUCUCUGACUACAUAUUAGCAUUUUGUCUAUCUGAAUUUAAAAUUUGACAUUGGCCUUUGAUUGGACUCAAGGGGACUUCAUCACGUGGUCCCAGUUAGCCCAAGGUUCCUUUGGGUUUCUCCCUCUGCACUGAGGAGGCCAAUGCUUUCCCCAUCACUGCAAGAGAGGAUGGCCAGUGAGGACUUGAGUGUGGGACCCCAGCAUCCCACCUACACGUAGGGAAUCUGUGUGUGUCCGCAUGGACGGGAAUGAAGAAGGAGCUUCCGUACUCCAUAGGAAACUUGUUAACUCCACAAACAAGCGUGAAUGCUGCGAGUAAGGAUCUCUUCUGUUGUUUCUUGUGUUUAAAGCUACUUAUCUUCAGCCAGAUGGGGAUACUAGGGAGUGCCUGGGGGUUGCGGAAGGCUUCCUCUCAUGGAGGUUUCAGAUUGCGUGAAAUGGUGGGACUUUCCGUGCCCUGCUGCGUGCUGCAGUAACACCAGGGGAGAGCCCUUAGGUUCCCCUGGCACCCAGGGGCUUAUUGGUGCCUUCCCAAUAGCUGUUGCUCAUUGACCUCUAGUGGUGGAUGUCUGGAAUACUGGUCCAUGCAUGGAAUCUUGCGAGAUGGGAGCGCCUUCACCACUUCUGGGGCAUCAUCAGCUUAAACUGGAACGUGGUGUUCGAUGAUACUGUGGCUUGUCUUAUGUUGUUUUUCUUACUCAAGAGAAAAGACCAAGGAAUAACAUUCUGUAGUUCCUAAAGAUACUGACUUUGUUUUUCUUUUUACUGUUCUAUGUAAAGGGAAAGUUUUAUUCUUUUAUGGAACACUUAAGCCAUGUUCAUGUAUUAAAAUAGGAAUGUGAAUGCUAUAUACUCUUUUAUAUCAGAAGUCUUGAGCACUUAUUUUCAUUCUAUGCAUUGUUUGUCUUUUAUAUCCAUAAAAAUGUUUAUUAGAUUGAAUAAAGCAAAAAGACUCAGGUGAA